GCUUUGACUCCUGACACCGUGCAACAAUCCCCGACCGUAGGUGGCUUUUGGGUACCGACUGUAACCUAGCAUACUUCCUUAGCGCACUUUCGAGCCCUGCUAACAGCUGGAUAACACCUGCCUUACCCAAGGUAGUAAGGUAUUGUACCUGCUUAGGCCGUAGGCCGAAAGUUUAUUACACUUUGACGGUUUUAGCAGCAAUCCGACCGCCUGCCUUAACGAUUGCCUUAACAAUUGUACCUAAUUCUCUCCCAUUCACAACUCCACCACUCAGGUAUAUUCGAUUGUCUGCAUCUACAAGACAAAUCUAAAACCUUUCCAGACAACCAACCGAAACCGUGACAACGGACGAGAUUUGGGAAGUGUCCGUAGAGAUUUUAACAACAUUCGAUUCUAAAUUCUGGACAUAGCGCCAACCUCGACCUUUUGUUAUAGUUGCGUCGCAUAUAGGCCCCACGGUCUAGCUCCUUUUUAUCUAUCACCGCCGCUACGGUCUCUCCUGUUCUCUUUGACAGUACUUUACCUCGACCGCAAGUUUAUCGCCCAACAUGGCCAACGACGAAUAUGAUUUCCUCUUCAAAGUGGUGUUGAUUGGAGACUCCGGCGUCGGAAAGUCCAACCUACUUAGUCGAUUCACCCGUAACGAGUUCAAUCUAGACUCCAAGUCAACGAUUGGCGUGGAAUUCGCGACUCGAUCCAUCCAAGUCGAUUCUAAGACAAUCAAGGCGCAGAUCUGGGAUACUGCGGGCCAGGAACGAUACCGCGCUAUUACCUCUGCCUACUACCGAGGUGCAGUUGGUGCGCUCCUUGUCUACGACAUCAGCAAGCAUCAGACCUACGAGAAUGUCACAAGAUGGUUGAAGGAGCUCCGAGACCACGCCGAUGCCAACAUUGUCAUCAUGCUGGUCGGUAACAAGAGCGAUUUGCGGCACCUCCGAGCAGUACCUACGGAGGAGGCUAAGGCGUUCGCUAGCGAGAACCACCUCUCUUUCAUAGAAACUUCUGCUCUCGAUGCCAGCAAUGUUGAGCUUGCCUUCCAGAACAUCCUUACUGAAAUCUACCGCAUCGUUUCGAGCAAGGCGUUGGAUAGCGGCGAGGGUGCCCAAGCCCCGAUGGCAGGCACCAACAUUUCGUUGAGCAAGUCCCCCGACGAUGCCGCGAAACAGGGCGGGAAGUGCUGUUAGUUCAAUACUCGCGACGAGAUGAUACGACGGUUAUACGGUUGAUAUGACAUUGCGUAUAUGGCGUCACGUAUGGCCCGGAACGAAUACGCUUACGAUAGGGUGAUGCGUCAGGGGGUUCGGGAUAUUGACCUUACACAGGACAUGGCUCUCUUGUUUUGUUUUCCUGCUUUUAUUGACGUUCGUGGCCGUAGCCUAAGAUUUUGACAACUAGGGGGUCACGGACAAAGUCUAAUCUACCACACCCGACGUAGUUACUAAACGUAGUUACUAAAUGCUAUCUUUCUCUUGCCCCUGAUAA